AUGCCCGUUGCGGAGACAUUGCAUUUGGCGCAUGUUCUCACCCAGGCAGUAAAAGGUCUUCUUACAGGGGCCAACGAAGGGCUACAGUCCAAACGGGAGCACGUCUUCUGUUCCGCAGAAGGACCAGGGAAAGUUCGUCACUGGGUGGCCAGGCUGGAGUUUCAAGAUGGGAAGCGCAAACGCAACGUCUUCCGAGACGGUCAGUCCUACCACGGGCGAGGAGCCGUCCAUGUCCACAUACUUCUCUGGCUGAAGGACAUGCAGGCCAUGGACCUAUCAACUAAAAUCCGUGCCGACGUGCCCGGCCAGGGCGAGCAGGAGAUGCGCGAUCUCGUGGUGGGCUCGCAGCUGGAUUACACUUCAAGCGGAUGGCCCGUUCGUGAAGAACCCACAGAAGUGAUCGAGCAGGAGCAACGACUGCGACUGCAUCACCCCCGGGAUGCUUUCGAAAGAAGAUGUCGCGCUUACCUCCCAGACGUACUAGCUGCUCUUCGCUGCCAUGUGGAUGUGCUGGCAUCGGACGGACGAGCCAUGGUGCUGAAAUACUGCGCAAGCUACCUGCCCAAGUUCAGCAGCUCCUUUGCGGCAGAGCUGCUCAACAACGAGGCGACUGAUUUCACUUUGGCUAGGCGAGUUCUGGCGGACUACCAUCCACUCCAACCGGAGAUGAUCAUGCAGCUUGCGGCACAGCAGCAUCCACAGUUCGUGUGUCCGGCAAACGUGCGCAAGUUCGUCGUUCCAGUUCCCUGGCAGAAAGACCCGCCGCAGAUUGUGCAAAGCUACAUGUCGAGCACCUGGAGGAGGGACAACAUGAGCCUCCUCGACUUUCUGCGGAAGUCGGGUUCCGACGGGCAAAUCUCGCAAAAGUAUCGCCGUGUGCACCGUGCACGCAAGAUUGGCAUGCCCCUCAAAGAUUGGAUCAAUGUUCACCCGGCGGACGGCCAGACUCUCGUCGCCAGCGUCAUGUAUUCUCACACCAAUGAUCGCCAUUACGGCCAGUGGCUGCUGCUCAAUGUGCCCUUCCGCAACAUCGACGACCUCUGGCACCCACAGGCGGAGCUCCUACCAGAAAAUCUGCGAUACCUGGGCUUAUGUGUCUUGCAUCGACGUCGCUUCUGGCGAAACCCAGACAGCAUCCGCUCCGAGCUGGAGAAAGAGGCGCGAUCGGACACGUACAUCAAGAACACGCUGGCUAUGCUGACUGCGAGGAUCGAACUGAUUGACGCCUACCUAUCCCGAGAAAUGACAGUGGACAGGAACCCAGCCCCUCCAUUGGACGGUGCAGCGCGGGUGUCUGGCGAAGCAAUUGAAGUGGCGCCGGAACAGGCGAACGUGAUAACCACCAUCGGCAACCGAGUCCGACACGCGAUGCAGGCAAAAUGGCCAGAAGAUCGUGAAGUGGACGGCUGGGCCAGUUGGCUGGAGCGUGACGUGGCCGUCAACAUCGCAACGGUGGUACUGGGACCGGCCGGAAGCGGAAAGACCACCGCCGUGGAGAUCGCGUUGGAUCAGGCCGUCAAAGCGGGCGCGCACGUCGGAGUGGCGUGUCCGACAGGCAUGUUGGCAACCCGGUACAGAGCGCGUCACCCGGACCUGGAUAUCGACACCGUGCAUGGCAUGUUCGCGCUGCACAAAGACGAGCUCGCGACGGCCGACAUGAUGAAGAUCUACGACAUGCUCGUCAUCGACGAAGUCGGACAGCUGCCGGAAUGGAUCUUCGAAAGGUUGCUGCGACUCUGGGAUGCCGCCGACCGCCGGACUGCCCUCGUGUUCGUGGGCGAUUUCUGCCAGCUCUUGGGACCCGACGGCACCACGGCGAGAGACAGCCCCAGGUGGCGGAACAUGCACAUCCUCAAUCUCCACGAGAUGCGUCGCUGCAAGUGCGAGCGGUUGAAAUGGAAACUUCAACUGCUGCGAAGUGCGAUACCCAGCGGCAAACAGUUGAAAAAGAUAUUGAAAGGCCACCGAGCAAAUCUUCGAAAUCGACCUGGCGUCGGCAACGUCCCCAAUGCCGAAGACAUCGCCAUCAUUCUGAAGGAGACCCCAAAGACCACCUUCGUGACCGUCUCCCGUCGAGGAUCCGCCCGGCUCAACCAACUCGCUCUACGUGCUCUCUUCGAAAACGAUGAAGUCCUUGCGCACAUACCAUGCGAUCCACAGGAAAAUUUCGAGAACUUCUACGGUGCUACACAGGUGGAUGCACAACCUUUUUGGAUGCCGGUCUAUCAGGGUAUGCGUGUGACGAUUACAAGGAAUACAGACAAGGAGAACGGCUUCGUCAAUGGCAUGGGUGCAACCGUUCAGCGCAUGAGACGAAACGGCAUCCAAGUGAAGACCGAUGAAGGCAAGGUUCUCCUGGUGCACCCGAUCACGCACGAAUACUACCUACCUGACGGAUCUUAUCGCAGGACUACAGCCUUCCCACUUCGUUUGGGCUACAGCACCACGCUGCACAAGAUCCAAGGUGCCACUUUGCCGCACAUCACCUUGUGGAUGGAUGUCCCCUUCGUCCGCGCGGCUUUGUAUGUCGCCAUCUCACGAGUACAGUAUGAUCGUGACUGGCGCUUCCUGGGCUCUAUCGACAGACGGCAUUGUCUGCCGGCAAGCAUUUGA